CUCUGACUCACGGCUGAAGGAAAGCUUGAAGCUUUGCGUCUUACCACACCACACCAUCGAGCCAGAUCCCCGAGGCCUUCUUCCGUAGACUUGGAGAGAGGGGGGGAACAGCGUGAUCUGUCUGUCUACUGAUCAUGACGGUCAAAUCCUAGUUCAGGAGGAUUCGACUUGAAGAAGUACGGCUCACAAAGAAUCUGCGCUGUUGGCUUGGCGUCAGGUAAGCGAAGCGCCACUGCCUUCGUCAAGAAUGACGAGCACGAGCGGUCGCACAUUGGACACGAAUGCGCUGAGAUGGAGAGGCGAGUCUAGACUGGUCGCUCGUCCGUCGCAAGAUUCCACAUGGACACUUUCGACGAGCAAAUCGGCAGGCACAGAUGUGACUUCCAUGACUAGCGUGGUGCCGAGCGAAGGAGGAGGAGGAGGUCAAGAGUUUGUCCAAGCUCCUCCGCAUCCAAUCGCUACUCCCGCUCCACCACGAUCAGCGAACCCAACAGCUUCGCACACUUCUGUAUUUCUCUUCUUGCUCGCCUUUCGUCUGCUCAAUGCCCUGCUUGUUCGAACAUUUUUUCAACCCGAUGAACAUUAUCAAGCGACGGAAGUCGCUCAUCAUGCCGUGUUCGGGUAUGGAUGGAGGACGUGGGAAUGGAUGAGUGAUGAAGCAAGAGGAGGAGAGAUACGGGGCUUUCUUCAUCCUGCAAUCUUUGCUGCUCUCAUGUGGAUCGUGCGCCUAUUGAGGAUGGAUGCGCCCAUCAUUCUUGCCACCGCACCUCGCCUUCUGCAAGCUGUCUUUGCGGCCUGCUCCGACUUGUCGGUCUACAAGCUCUCUGAUCGACUUGUCGGCUCGCAAGCAGGUUGUAUGACGCUACACUGUCUCCUCUUCAACACCUGGCUACUCUACACUUCAUGUCGAACCUUUUCGAACACGCUCGAAGCGCAAAUGAUCUCCAUGGCCUUGCUCAACUGGCCCCUGAGCCUUCCUGCAAGCUCGGAAGAGAUGUUUCCGAACGCAUCGGCCAUUGAGCCUAUCGAUCAGAGUAUGCUAGAGACGCUCAACAGAUCCAUCAUCAGCAGUCGCAAGCUAUCUCUUGCGCUCUUCUUUGCCGCUCUCAGCAUUGCUGUCAGACCUACAGCCAUCAUCGUCUGGUCCUUUCUGGGCAUCAAGUUGAUCUGUGAUCAAGUCGCAUCUGCAAGAAGAUGCAGCACGACGCUCGAGGUUCUGGAAUCCGUCUUUUCACUCGCCGUAAUUGUAGUCUGCGUGCCGACGAGCCUCAUACCCAGCUUCUCAUUCUUCACGUUGCUCGACAGUAUCUAUUACGGUCGCUUUAUCUUCGUGCCCUACGAGUUUAUGAAGCGCAACGUAGGAUCCGCAGGCGUAUCCGUCUUUUACGGCUCCAGUCCCUGGCAUUUCUACCUCAGUUCCGUCUUGCCUCUUCUAGGAUUGACUACUUUGCCUUACAUGCUGCGCGGGCUCUACAUGGCACUAACCUGCUCGACGCGCUCACAUCAAACUCCGACACCUGCUGGCAUGAAUGCAGCAGCAAACAACGGCGCCAGAGAUGUAGCAGCUCUGAAGACCCUAGCUUUUCUGACCGUGUGGACCAUCUUUGCUUACUCGUUGCUGGGUCACAAAGAACAGAGGUUCUUGCAGCCUGUUGCAGCCAUCACCUUGCCCAUCUUUGGUGGUCUGGCUCUCUCGUCUCCUCGAGGUGGCAUGCCGCACACGAAUGUGGGAACCGUCGAGCCGCAGCUCCAGCCUGAGGCACCUGCACCGGCACCGGCAGCUCUCGCAGGGGCUCCGUGCGUAGUCUCACAAGCCAUAGGCCACCUGACCCUAUUUAGCAAGCAGCUAUGGACGUCUUUCGCGUCGCUCAAGCGCUCUCACAAAUGGGCCCAGAUCGCACUGCUAGCUCAUCUUGUUCCCAGCAUCUACCUUCUUCGCUAUCACUGCAUAGCGCAAGAACAAAUACCUCGACGCAUCUCCCAACUAGCAGACAAAGAGUCGUUCAAGAGCAUCGCAUUGCUCAUGCCUUGUCACUCCACACCUUGGCAAUCGAUUAUGCACCGGCAAGACCUCAGCAUCUUUUCCGCCCUCGGAUCGGAUUCGGGCGAAGGCAAGGGCGGAAGAGCGUGGGCGCUUACUUGCGAACCGCCACCGAUUGGUGCCGAUUCCUCUUCGUACGUCGAUCAAUCGGACGUCUUCUAUGCCGACCCUCUCGCGUACCUCCGUAAUCGAUUCCCAGCUUCCGUCGAUGCGCGCUUUCAGCCUUCUGCCAUUGGCGCCGCAGAAUCGGCAGCUUUCAUGCCGCUCUGGGAAGCUCUGCAACUUCGUCGUUCAGCGGACACGCCGCAGGGCGUGCCUUUGUCCGUGCGCGUCGACAAGAGCGCGUCGCCUUUGCACACCUGGCCCAGUCAUCUCGCCAUCUUCUCCAACCUUCUCACGGUGGCUUCGCCGACAUCGGCCAAGUCUGGGCGACCAUCAGCGCCGACGGAUACUGUGGGGGCCUAUCUUGAAGCACUGGGCUACGUGGAGGUGGAGAGACACUUCAACUCUCUUUUCCACGAUGAUCACAGGAGGAGCGGUGAUGUAGUCAUCCUGCAGUGGCAAGGCUCUUCUUGA